GGGGUUUGAACUCAGGGCCUCACGCUUGCUAAGCAGGCACUACCACUUGAGCCAGUCCGCCAGUCCAGAUUAUGCUUCUUGAUUGAUUGGUACCUGGUGAUUGGAAGUGCAUAUAGACUAUACCAACCCCCCAAAAAGGUGUGAGUCCUCCAAGUUGUAAUGCUGGAGCAGAAUCCUUUUCCUAAAUGUCUCUUGGGAAGCAGCUUUACAAGGCACAUGUGUAUGUGCCAGAACACAAAGGAAGGAGGCAAAAAUUACAUGGAAAAUAAGGGAUUGGCUCUAAUUUGGUUACUCUAAAAACAUGAUCAGAUUAGAAAUGUAUAUUCUACGAUAACGAGGUGUUUUUCUUUGGUCCUUCUAUUCACGUAGGUAUAUACAUUUUGAAUUGCAUUUAUUUCAAGGCACAGAAAUAGAAGUGAGACAUUUACAGAAAUAAAGCACCUAAUAUUACUUUGAAGUCAUUUCGCUGUAGGAAUCAACUAUUCUAUUAAAAGGUGGAAAGAGUUUAUAACUAAAAGACUUAAUGCUAAUUAGAGACUGAUUUUUUUUUCCACAAAAAAAAGACAGAGAAUCCUGGGCAUUGUGACAGCUUCGUUUUGUAGUUCCUGUAGAACUGGGUAGGAACAAAUACAGACUCUCUGCACUGGCAGGAUAAGCCACGGUGCCUGGGUUUGUGUCUUGGCUUCUUUCACUUGCUGUCUGUGCAACUAUGAGCAAGUUACUCAUCUUCAUACUUCAAGUUUCUCACCAAAAUGGGAAUAGUAAUUACACCCACCACCUGUGGUUGCUAUGAGGAUGAAAUUCUUACUUUGCCUUUUGUGAUUCCUAGCAUUCUUAUUACUACUAUAGAGAACACCACAUGCUGUUUUUAUUUUCACCCAAAAAGUAGACACUAUUCUUGGCCUCCAUGCUAAGUCUAAAGGAAAAGUUAAAGUGAAGACUAACGUAACAAAAGAAACAAAAGAAAGGAGAAAGUAAAUUCCGCUCCCCGAUUUGAAUGCUCCAUGUCCAAGUCAAGAUAUAGGAAUUUUGAAGAGGGUUUCAUGUGGUGUGGGUUCUUCAGGUUGUCACCUUAAGACUGUCAGAUUGCUGGCUGAAUGUCAAUCAGUGAGCAGGUGCAAGUUGCACACGUGGACUGUUUGGUUGAACCCUUACUUGUAACUCGACUUCCAAGUUCAUGUCUUCUCUUAUUAAAUGAAGCCAACCAACUUUCACUUUAUCUCAGUAACCAAACUGCUUUUUGAGAGUGUAGGUUUUUAGUGCAACAUAAGGUUUAGUAUGUAAAUUCUUCUUUUUGGUGUAUAUUUUGUCUGUUAAUUUUGGGGUAUUACUAGCUGUUAAAUUAUAGAUAUGGUAGGGAAAUUUAUCAUUUGCCAGUUGAUAUUACAUGGUUGAAAAUUUUAGAUACAGUGAAAUUUCCUUUUCUUUGUUUUUUUUCUUUUCUGUGUUGGUUCUCAGGUUUGAACUCAGGGCCUUGUGCUUGUUAGGCAGGAACUCUACUACUUGAGCCACACCCUCCACUGCUUUCUUUUCUUUAGUUAUUUUUUAGGUAAGUUCUUGCCUUUUUGCUUGGAGCUGGCCUCAGACCACGAUCUUAUAGCCUCUCUUCUACUUGAGAUUACAUUUUACUUAGCCUUCUAAAAUUAGUAUUUCAUAUGGCUUUAUAAAAUACUCAUUGAGUCAGUAGUUAUUUGUUUAGUACUUAUCAUUUACCCAUUACUACACUAGAAACUAGCAAUAUACCCAUGAGCUGGGUAUUUAGCAAACAGUUCUGGUGAGGUAGUGUUGCACAGACUACUUUUUUGUUCACUAUAAUAUGCAUAUUGUACAGAAACCGCUCCAAUCACACUUGAACUUCUGUUUCCCGAAGCAGAAGUAUUGGCAAACCUGUUAAUUCAGUAUUGCAGGAAGUUUUGGGCACCGGCCAUUGGAAUGUAGUAAGUAGGGUUAUAAUUUUAUCCAGGAUACAUAACAAAGGGGUGUGGCUGUGGAGACUUGUGCGUAGGCAACUUUCUAAAAUAUCACCACAGCAGGACACUUGCUGCCUGCAGCUCAGCACAAGGGUAUGUCCUUAAUUUAACGGAUUCAAAGCUAACAUUUAUAGGAGGAUAGAUCCAGGUUAGAAAUGACUGAACUGCCUGAUGAUUGUAGGCGUGAAUAUAUAAAUGACCUAAAAGUCCAUUGGGCGAGUUUGAUUGCUCUUCGAAUACAGUUACCUUGGCACUUCUGAGAUCCUCUGAGUGUCUGAGAGGUCUGUGGCUUUUCUAGCUGAGUUUCAUUUCUGACCUAAGACCAACUUCUUGAUUCCAUCAAAAGCCCUAUACCUUCCCUUGUGGGUAUCACUGCCUGGAAACAUUGCUGUCCUCAUCAUUCUCCCAGGAAAGCUCAAAGGCUGUGAAAGUAAGAUAUUCCUGCCCCUGACUGCAACAAUUAUUUCAUAGUCUCCUGGCUACAGAUGAUUUGGUCCCAAAGGUAGCUUGACUCAUACUGAACUUCCGUUGCUCAGGGUGGACUUUUCUUAGGAAAUUCAAUUUUUAGAGCAGACCAGUAUCUCCACAUGUUAAUUUCACAAGGCAUUAAUGUAGAAUGAUGGGAUAUUCUCCCCUUCCCCUCCUCCACAAAAAAUUGGGAGUGUGGUAAGUCUUAGCCAGUUAAUUUAAGCAAGAGAAUUUCUGUCACUUUUCCCUCAAUGGAGAGUCCCAAUGCAUGCCAUCAUAUUAACAAGUCCUGCUGUAAAGAAAUCUGGUUAAUUUUUUUGUUCUUAGCCUACCUAAUCUUCUUUAACCCCAGUUUAUUUGUUUGUUUGUUUUUUAAUAUGUCACCUAAUAAUAAUCCCAAGGUUGAUUAUUCUGCUUUUAUUCAGAUUGUUUUCUGCCAUGACCCAGCUAUUGGUCACUAACAAUUUGUAGGCAGAUCUUAACAGUCAGAGACAGUUGGAAGCUGUCUUUGCCAGCGUGUUCUAUAUCACAAGAAGAGCUCUUCCUAAGCAUUUUGUGGAAUAUUUACAUUGUGUAGGUAAAUUGUUUUAUUUCUUUGGCAAAGCACAAGUUCAUGUCUUAGGAAAUACUUCCUCCUCUACAAAAGAACUUCUGUUCCUCAGAUUAGAACCAGGACUGGGUGGCUAUUAAGGAAUGAGUAGAAACAGUGAUGGAGAAGGGAGGAAAAGGACCUCAUCCACCUGUAGCAAUGAGUCCCUGAACGUUGGAAGAACCCCUGUCACUCCUCGCAGAAUCUCCUGGCGCCAGCGCAUUUUCCUCCGGGUGGCAUCUCCCAUGAACAAAUCUCCUUCAGCAAUGCAGGAAAAAGAGGGACUGGACAGGAAUGAGCUGCUACCACUGUCACCUCUCACCCCCACCAUGGACGAGGAGCCCCUGGUUAUAUUCUUGUCUGGUGACGAUGACCCAGAAAAGGUUGAAGAGAAAAGGAAGUCAAAAGAACUAAAGAGUUUGUGGAAGAAAGCUAUCCAUCAACAAAUCUUGUUGCUUCGAAUGGAGAAAGAAAACCAGAAGCUUGAAGCAAGAAGAGAUGAACUCCAGUCUAGAAAAAUUAAGUUAGACUAUGAAGAAGUUGGUGUGUGUCAGAAGGAAGUCUUGAUAACCUGGGAUAAGAAGUUGUUAAACUGCAGAGCUAAAAUCAGAUGUGAUAUGGAAGAUAUCCAUACUUCUCUGAAAGAAGGUGUUCCUAAAAGUCGACGAGGAGAAAUUUGGCAGUUUCUGGCUUUACAAUACCGUCUAAGGCACAGACUGCCCAAUAAACACCAACCUCCCGACAUGUCGUAUAAGGAGCUUCUGAAGCAGCUCACUGCUCAGCAGCACGCCAUUCUCGUGGAUUUGGAAACAUGUGUUGAUCUGCAUAAAAUGUUCCUGUAUCAUACAUGUGGAGAUGGGAUGGUAAUUUGGCAGGUAGGACUUGAGCGAGCGAGAGAGAGACUCUUAAAUGAAUAUUCCAUUUACCCCGGAGUUCACUGCAUUGCAUUUUCAUGCUGGUCUCCAAAGUAUCGGAGCAUCUCCAAAGUCAUUGUCUUCUUUCCCUCUGCAGGCAGGACAUUUCCUACUCACCCUUACUUUUCCGUACAGCUUGGGGCAGGGCAGCUGUCCCUCUUUAACCUCCUGAAAGCAUAUUCUCUGCUGGACAAGGAAGUAGGCUACUGUCAGGGGAUCAGCUUUGUGGCUGGAGUGCUGCUUCUGCACAUGAGUGAAGAUCAAGCCUUUGAGAUGCUGAAGUUCCUCAUGUAUGACCUGGGCUUCCGCAAGCAGUACAGACCCGACAUGAUGUCGCUGCAGAUUCAAAUGUACCAGCUGUCCAGGCUCCUUCAUGACUACCACAGAGAUCUCUACAACCAUCUUGAAGAAAAUGAGAUCAGCCCCAGUCUGUAUGCUGCGCCCUGGUUCCUUACAUUAUUUGCCUCUCAGUUUCCAUUAGGAUUUGUAGCCAGAGUUUUCGAUAUGAUUUUUCUUCAGGGAACUGAAGUUAUAUUUAAGGUUGCACUCAGCUUGCUGAGCAGCCAAGAGACACUUAUAAUGGAGUGUGAGAACUUUGAAACUAUUGUAGAGUUCCUCAAAAACACGCUGCCUGAUAUGAAUACCUCUGAAAUGGAAAAAAUUAUUACCCAGGUUUUUGAGAUGGAUAUUUCCAAACAGCUACAUGCCUACGAGGUGGAAUAUCACGUGCUGCAGGAUGAGCUUCAAGAGUCUUCGUAUGCCUGCGAGGAUAGCGAAUCUGUAGAGAGGCUGGAGAGGGCCAACAGCCAACUGAAGAGACAGAAUAUGGACCUCCUCGAAAAAUUACAGGUGGCUCAUGCUAAAAUCCAAGCCUUGGAAUCAAACCUGGAAAAUCUUUUGACCAGAGAGACCAAAAUGAAGACUUUAAUCCGGACCCUGGAACAAGAUAAAAUGGCUUAUCAAAAGACAGUGGAGCAAAUCCGGAAGCUAUUGCCAGCAGAUGCUCUGUCCAACUGUGAGUCGCUGCUCAGAGACCUGAACUGCAACCCUAACAACAAAGCCAAGGCAGGAAAUAAGCCAUAACUUAAGAUGUGCAGCCUCGGCAGGAAAUAGCCUUUGAAUACUGGAGAGGAAGAGCCUGUGUACUGCUGGUCCAAGCUGGACCCUGAAGCUGGUGGAACCACCUAGCACUGGUGCUGAGUCCCUCAUUAGCAGGUGGACGUAGCUCUCAUCAGACCAUGCCAAUCCUAAGCCUACUGGUUUUCCUUGUCUUUGCUGCCUAUGUACAUAUAUAUAACAUGGACACAGAGAACUCAUGCUUUCAAAUAAAAUGAGUAGACAUAUAUUUACAGCAAUUUCUUUCUUUCCUUUUCUUUUCUUUUCUUUUUUUGUCAGAACUUCAUGAAAUCCACACCAAAGUGAAGUUGAAGUGAGAGUCCCCUUGGAUAUUUGUGAAAUCUUUUUUUGUUUUUGUAGUGAAACAAAGCUAAAGCAUCUUUGUAUAUUGCAAUAUACUUGAAAAAAACGAAUGUAUUUUUUUUUCCUCCAAAGAAUAGCAUGUUUCACUCACUGGUGGGAAGGUGAAAACAUCUCUGUGAUGUUAUGUAUAUUUGUCUUAAAUUCUACUGACAUUGUCUAUCUGAGAAAAAUGGCUGGUGGCUAGUCACACUCCAGUGGGCUCUUCUAGAAAGGUUGGGUCCUUUCAUGUGCUUUGUGCCAACUAGCAUGUUGCAUCUCCAUGCAUUUUGAUUUUUGUUAGGCUUUGCUUUAGACAUCCGUAAGGCGAAAGCAGGACAUCAUAACUGAGUCUACCCAACUAAAGGUGAAGAAUGUUGCUAAUUAAUAGCAAAUCAGACCAGCAUUGUUAAUCAAACUGAAAAUAUCUGACCUUGAAAAUAUAACUUAGAACCCAAAUUGUAUAGAUUAGCCUUCUAUGUUUUUAUUUAACUGAAUUCUGCAAUUGUGAACGGUUACCUGGUGCUGGAGUUACCAGGUGAGAAGGGACUCAACAUUUUCCCACCAAAUUACGAGAGUACUCAACUUAGUUCUCUCUACCUUCAACUUAGGAUAAGCAAAUGCAGGUAUAAUUGAUUUUCCAAAGAUGACAUACUGUGUUGAGACACUUUUUUUUGCCAAUUGACAGAACUGAAUAAGUGCUUAAUCAUUUUCCCUUUUCAUGUGAAAAUUUAGGAGUAACUGUGAAAUGUUUAGGAACAAACCAUUGAAAUCCACUGGGAGGGGAGUGGAAAGUGGCACCCAUCCAACUAAAACCUUCAGUUCUGCAUUUAGAUUCCCAACUUCCGCUGCCUACAAAUAGCUUAUCAGGGGACAUUCAUGCAUGCUGGGGAUGGGAAGGAAAGUUAAUUUCCGAAGUACACGUGCAAUUCUCCAUUGCGGAGACGACAGUGCCUCUGAAAAUUGUUGCAGAAUUUUUGCCUUUCCAAACAGAGUUUAUGGUGACUGCUUUUUUGCAGUACUUGUGUUUUCACAGAUGGAUUAUUUGGGGGUAAUUUUCUUCAAAGAGAGUUUGCUAUACACAAACUGAAAUUUACUACAGAGUACAAGAAUCAAGCUCUAAGUGCUUCAGAGAAUUUUAAUGAGCCAGUGACAAGCUCCUGAAGCCCCUUCUACUGUUAGCCAGUGUGACCAUAAGGACUCCUUACAGAUCAGCAUGCCCUCUAAUCCAGGUGGUUUCUUACAAGACAGUAAAGUCUUAUUAGUAAAUAAAUUUAGUGUAAUUUCUAGGUUUUAGGAAAUGCUAAUUUUAGGGACCCCAUUCCAUUGGGGCCACCAGUUGAUUUGUUGCUUGGAUUUCCUGAAAAUUUCUCUAUUUGUAGGAGGUUGUGUCCUACCAGAACUAGGACAGAUGUAACUUCUGACUCUGUGGUGGUAAAAAUUGCCUUUUGGGUAUGACACCCGGGUUUAGCCAAGGGAUUUUCAAGUUGGGGAAGAAAUGGGUUUUUAUUCUGCUCUUCAGUUUAAAUUACACUUAUUCUGGAUGUUUUGAGUCAACAUUAUGAAGUUGCAUCAUGGUGUUCAGAAAUUAAGGUGACUUGGAUACGGUAUUUUAUUUUGAAAGUCAAUUUCUUUCUCAUUUGUGAUUUUUUUUUUUAAUGUACCAGUUAUGCUCCAUGAAUUGUAUCUCUUCAUCAGGCUCCUGUAAUGUCUAAUUCAUUUCCAAUAAAUACAUUGUUGCAGUUUCCUUGGUUUAUUUUUACUUUUGUUACUUUGGUGGGGGGAACUUCUUGCUAACAAAAUACAUGGAUUGUUG